CCGUGGUGUUUUGCACCUCGUUAGUGGAAAAUAAUAUAUAUUUAUUAAGAAGUGGCAAUGGGGUCGAGCACGGACUGUCCCGUUUGCGGAGUGGCCGCCACCUUGAUCUGCACCAGGUGCAAGCUGGUGCGCUACUGUGUCCCGGAGCACCAGAAACAGCACUGGGCGCAGCACAAGCGCCGCUGCAAGCCGUAUCGGGUGGAGGAAGAUGAGCAACUAGGCCGUUUCCUGGUAGCCACCCAGAAUAUUGCGGCCAAGCAGAUUGCCUUCGUCGAGGAACCGCUGGUGGUGGGACCCAAAUGGUAUCACUCCCAGGAUGAGACCAUCGUUCCCUGUGUAGGCUGCCACACCCCCUGCCGGCUUGGCAAGCACCAGUGUCGUAGCUGUCACUGGCCGGUCUGCAGCGCCGCCUGCGCCCACGAAGCUUUGGAGUGUAGUGUUCUCAGCGUGGGCCCGGCUCCUGGAGCUCGAGCGGACAACCGAACCCUUAACGAUUAUUUCCGGGGCGACGCGUUGCUGGUGUUGCGGUGUCUGCUGCUGCAGCGUCAGAAUCCGGUCAAGUGGACGGCUCUCCUCGAGAUGCAGUCGCACGAAGACGAGCGCCGGGGUACGGAGUUGCACGUUGAAGCGGAAACGCGAGUGGUGGGAUACCUGCAGGUGCGGUUUCUGAAGCGUCUCAAGCAAACCAAACCGGAUCUACUGGCUGACUGCGGAUCUGAGAUGCUGCAUCGCAUUUGCGGAAUCAUUGAAACCAACUAUAUGGUCAUAGAGUUGCCCUCGGGAGUGGAGCUAAGUGGCCUGUUCCGGCAGGCCUGUAUGAUGGAGCACGCCUGCCAGCCCAACUGCUACUUCCAAUUCGACGCCUUCACCCAGCAGAUCACCGUCCGGGCAGGGUGUGAUCUACAGAAGGGCGACCAUUUAAGGAUUGCCUAUACCAACAUCCUGUGGGGUACCCAGCUGCGUCAGCACCAUCUCCGUCUCACGAAGCACUUCAGCUGCCACUGCGCCCGCUGUCUGGAUCCCACGGAGAAUGGGAGCUAUGUGAGUGCCCUGGCCUGCCUGGGGGAUGUGAAUCAGUCCUGUACCGGCACCCAGCUGCCGGUGGAUCCCCUGAACGAGGACACCCAGUGGAAAUGUGACACCUGCCCAAUGCUCGUGGAUGCUGCCUACGUCGCCGAGCUCCAGACCCACAUGACUGAUCAGGUGGAGGGUCUGCUGGCAGGUCGCCCCACGGCUAAGGAGGUGGAGUUGCUGCUGGCCCGUCUCUCCCAGAUGCUUCACCCUAACCACUUCCACAUGUUCAACCUGAAGCACACACUAAUCCAGCUCUAUGGCAACGAAACCGGCCUGGAAAUGGAGACUCUUAGCGACGGGCAGCUGGAGCGGAAACUAAGAUUGUGCAAGGAGCUCCAUGAUGUUUGCCGGCGGAUAGAUCCCCACAGCAUUAAACUAGCCAUUUACGUCACGGUAAUUCUAAUCGAGAUUGCUCAUACCUUGGAGGAGCAAUCUCGCAGGGCAUCUCCAGAUACUGACGUGGCUGGACUACUGGAACAGGCCCAUGCUCGUCUCAAGGAGGCGGAAGAGGUUCUGGAAAAGGAACAUGACUCCGUGGCCGGAAGGAAACUGAACGACAAACUGCAAAGGGAGAUUUUCGAGUGCGAAAAAUUGAACUUGACUCUUAAAUAUAGCCAGAAAACUGUUGCGGAAUAA